AUGGCUGGCCAUCGUUAUCCAGGCAGCAGUUACCUGCCGCUGCAGGUUCUUGUACAGUAUUCGUACCCGACGACCGUCGACCCCUUAACAGACAGAGAGAUGAGACCCGUCGCUCACGAACAACCACGGUCCAGAGACACUCACAACAUUCUCCCUCAAAUACAACCGCACGUAACGGACGGCCAAACCUAUCUGGUCCAAGGACAUCAAGAUAUACCUGCACGUCAAGACAUCCAAGUGUAUGCCCCGUCAACAGUCUGGGCACAUCAAGGCAGUGACCUUCAGCAACACGACGACGCACAGGACCGGGUAACUCUCCCAGGCGACCACCCUCUGUUCGAGGACCCUCAUAGAAGGACUACCAACUUCGUUGACUCUGGGCAAUGUCCAGGAACCCGUUAUGCAUCGUACGCCGAUGACGCUGAGCAAUGUGGGGUCACUUCUGCUGCCAGGGCCAUCACCCAUUUUGAAAAGCAGUUCUCUCAUGGUGCUAACCCCAAUACCUCAGCUCAAGACGUCCAGCAAGGGAACACACCAUGGCCUUAUCCACAACGCAUCGACCCGAACUACCGCGACUAUCCACUCGCAGUUGAGUACACCAGUCGUAACGGCAAGUCGUCUCGGACCCGGCGGUGA